GAAAGCUACAUAUAAGAGACGGUUUUUUUAAAGGUGGAUAUCGACACAUAUAUUAUAUUUAAACAUGAGACGUCUGAGCUCCGUGCAGCAGAAGAUACCAUGUGUGUUUCUGACGGAAGUGAAAGAGGAACAGUCCAGAAAACGCGACUGUCAGCAAUUUCAGGUUGUUGCCACGGAAACGGUGAACCCAGUAGCUGUGGAGGCUAAUAUCGACUGUGCACUGGCCACAGAGAAGCUGGAUGGCACCUGCUGCUAUGUUACCGUUUAUAAAGGGCAGCCGUACCUCUGGGCUCGACUCGACAGGAAACCCAACAAACAGGCGGAGAAGAGGUUCAAGAAGUAUCAGCAUUCUCACAGGAGCUGCAAAGGUUUCACGUGGAGCGUAGAGGAAGAUUUUAAGACGGUGCCAGAAACGUGGAUCCCUGCACACAGAGUCAAACAUCACAACGGUCAACCAGUGCCUGACGAACACGGACACAUUCCAGGUUGGGUUCCAGUGGAAAAGGACAACAAGCAGUACUGCUGGCACUCCUCCGUGGUGGAUAAUGAAGUCGGGUCGGCUCUCGUUCUCAGGCCCAGCCCUGACGACGAAGGCACGCUAGAAAUCACGGCGCUCCCAUUGGCCGACCUCCUGGAACAAACGCUGGAGCUCAUUGGGACCAACGUUAACGGAAACCCGUACGGUUUGGGGUGUAAGAAGCAGCCGGUUCACUGCCUGGUGUCACACGGGAGCGUUCGGAUCAGAAACCCUCCGCCUGUAGACUUCCAGCAGCUGUGCUCCUGGUUCCAGGACAGUCCUGAAGGCCGGGUCGAGGGCAUCGUCUGGCACUGCAAUGACGGCACGCUCAUUAAGGUUCAUCGUCACCACUUGGGGCUCAGGUGGCCCGAUGGGGAAACCAGCUUGGGCAAGAAGCCGGUGGUGGUUCACGUGGACGGGAUGGUCGACGAGUAUAACAGCAGCAAGGACUUGUUCACAUCCUUCUCCAGACUAAACGGACACUGUUUCAAUCAGCUUCAGGAUAUCCAGUAUGACCUGUAAAUCCAGCCUGAGGAGAUAAAGAGAAAAAAAAAAAACCCACCUAACCUCUGCUGCGAUGAGCCAGUAGCUGCUUCAUAUUUCCGCCAGUAAUUCCAUUUUAAGUCUUCUGUUUUAAAAGCACUGCAUCAGUCUGUGGAAACCAGUGAAAUACGCUGACACAGAUCUACAGAGAGAUGUAUAGUGUUUCACUUUAAAGUCUUAAUCAGUGAUUUACAGUGAGGAGAUCAAACCUGUGACCUGAGGUAAGUCUUCUGCACCAAACACAGGAACAGGAACAGGAAGUGUCUUAAAGGUUGAAGACAGUUCGAUUGUUGUUUAAAAAAAAAAAAAAAGACUGACCAAUUAGACAAUUUUAGCACUUUAAAAGUUGCUUAAAUGUUCUGUAAUUAAAUUGUAAAUACUGCAUGUUACAGCUGCUCCAUCACAAUGUGAAGAAUAAAUGACACAGUAUAUAAAACUCUAUGAAAACUG